AUGAGGGAUCUGUUCAACACUCACAACCAUGCCUUCUGGCACGAGCGCCUGCGGAAGGAGACGGCGGUCAGGGUGGCCUGGCAGCUCAAAUUCGGCCAAAGGACCUGGAAGGCAGGGCCCCUGCCGAGGAAGCAGGUCCAGAAGGCCCCCCUCCGGGCCGCCCCCUCCGCAGGCGCGCGCCCCUCCACGCCCGCCCUCCGGAGCGCGGAGGCGAGGGGCAAGGGUCCAGACACCAAAGAGACUCCGGAGCGGGGGUCCCGGGCAGUGGAGGCCCAGGGCACCCCGCCGCAGGCUGCCGCAGCCCCGGGCACAGCGGCCGUGCAGCCCGGGCGCGCCGGCCCGCCCUCGCCCGACGGCCUGGAAAUGAGGAAGGCGCCGGCCCGCGCGCUGCAGCUGCUCUACAGCGGCGUCUCGCAGGAGGGCCAGGGCAGGGCCGCCUACCUCCGCGAGCGCCACCGGCAGAAGCCCGAGGAGAAGUUCCAGUACCCGGUCCUGUCGUCCUGGCAGUACGGCUGGCACGUGGGGGAUGCCAUGAAGGAUGCCAGGCCCCCCACCUAUGGCAGGUGCAAUCCCAUCACAAAGAGCUUUUACAUCCGGAAUAGCGUCUUCCGCCUCCUGCAGACGCCCGACCCGCGCAUGUGA